CUGCAUAGCUUUUUUUUCAUUCAUACUGCUACUUGAGACAGCAAUGUCAUCAGCAAAUGCUGUCACUGAAGCAUUUUUGUGUUUGGUUCCCACUAUUUCCGCAAUAUAUGAUAGGAAAAGAACGGGAGAUAAAACAGCUCCUUGGGGUACCCCACAAGUGAGAUCGACAUUACUUGAUUUCUCAUUUCCAACUUUUACUGAUAAGGUAAGACGGCUUAGAAAUGAUUUUAUCAAUUAGUAUAAUUGUUCAAGACAAAUGCCUUCGAGGAUCCAAGGAUUUUGGAUAGAGCCCCAAAGCUCGAUCCUCCAUUGAUAUUAAAGCAGUGGCCUUAUUUCUAUUUAAGUUUUUUGUUAUCUCCGACUGUAGUUUUACUAGAGAAUGUUCAGUGCACAU